CGGAAACUACAUUUGGGUUGGAUGUUUGGCGAAAUGUAUGUGAUUAGUUAAGUAUUGUAUUACGAAAAUAUGUCGUGUAAAUUAUCUAAACUUUCGUGUAUCAGCGAUUUAAGUGGUGUUAAACGUAUUCUUUUCCCUAAUUACAAUCCGGAAAGUAAAUAUGAAGAUGACAGUUUCGAUCUGUGGACGGAAUCCGAAUGGGGCGAUGAAGAUAAAAAGGAAGGUGAAGAAAAAGAAGAAAAUUGGUUGAAUGAAUGCCUUGUGGCUCUUUCCUCCACUUCCGACGUUCUCGUACUUGCGCUGAGACAAAAAGCCGUGUUUCUCACCUCUAAAUGGUUUGUUGGUGAUGAUAAUGAUGCUAAGAUGAAGUUCCUCAUUACAUAUGGUGAUUAUCUGACUCACGAUGACUAUAUUACGUCUCUUCUGUGCCUCCCUAUAGCCUCGCAGAAGAAGACGCUCUCUGGUGGAGUUGACUGGACUUGUAUUGUUGUUGGAUUCAAUUCUGGUUAUGUCAGGAUAUAUACGGAAAAGGCAGAAUUGUUGUUAUCGCAGCUACUACACGAAGAACCGGUUAAUAAACUCAAGUGCCAGAACUGUCCUCCUUCUAAAUCUUCCUUUCUGUCUGAUCAUCAGGCGGAUGAGUUGUUAAUUGUUUAUGGUUCGGUUGUUGUUAGUGUAGACGGUUUUAGUCUUUUGCAGACGCUGCGAGCGUGUAGGAGCCAACUUGCCAGAGUUGCUGCUGGCAAGUGGGAAGUGAUAGAAGCACCUCCGCUUACUUAUAAGAAAUGGAGUUUUCAAGAAAAUAACAAAAUCAAUGAUUGUGAUAGUAUUGGUGUGGUAACUUUGAAUUCCUUUGAUUAUCUUUCCUCGCAAUCGUUACGAAGUGGUUUCUAUGCUUCUGUUAGAUCUAGCAUUUCUGUUGUUAAUCUAUAUUUGACCGUGGGUUGUAAUCCAUACAUUGGUUUCUAUCAGGCCACGGAAGAAGGAUCUCAGUUAUUUUUAUCCGACGUGGCUCAUGCCGUUGCUAAUAGAUUAAAAUCAUUUUUUUUAAAUGCUACUGCUGGUAGCUUGUUAAACUGGAACCAACAACCAACUAAGAAACAGAAAAUAGAGUCUCCAACUACCAUUCCGCUGAAAUUUGGAUUAUUUGAUAGAAGAAGGCAUGGAAUUACUAUCAAUGUUUCACCUAACAAGAUGUUAGCAGCAGUGACUGAUGCUUUUGGACGUGUCAUAGUGUUUGAUAUUCAGAAAGGCAUGGCAAUUCGGAUGUGGAAAGGAUAUAGGGAUGCCCAGUGUGGAUGGAUUCAAGUAGAAGACAAAGUGGAACGAGAUAAGUAUUUACACACUCCUCGUAAAGCUUUAUUUUUAGUGAUAUAUGCUCCGCGAAGAGGAAUUUUAGAAUUAUGGUCUUCUCAGCAAGGUCCACGUGUGGCUGCUUUUAAUGUUGGAAGAUGUAGCAAGCUGCUUAGUCCUGGACAUUGCAUGAUGGGUGUAAACAUAGCCCAUGUUAAUGCAGUCAAAUUUCAAACUCAUCCUUGUUUUUUAUUAAGCUCACUUGGAAGUAUUUAUACCAUUUCAGUGCCAUUCCAUUGUGCACUAAGUGAUAGAAAUAGUAAACGUGCAAGAGAUAUUCAUCUCCUUAAAGAAUUCAAAACUCUUCUACGUUCCAGUAAAGAUAAAAAUAAAAUGAUUGGAGAUAUCUCAAAAAUAUUACUUGAUAUUAAGAGUGCAAAUAUCAAACAACAAGCUAUCGAUUCCUUAUUAAGGUGUAAUACCAUAACUGUUGAUACUGUAAAAUUAGUUAUCAAACAGUUAACAAUAUAUCUUUUGAGUCAGGACCUUGAACAGCUUGAUUAUGAAAGUAAACUUUUAUUACAGACUUGUUGUAGAAUUGAAGGACUGAUUGCCACUUAUGAGGCUAUCAGUCUUAUAAAUGAAAAUUCGCCUCCUGAAAAUGAAUCUAAUUUUCUAGAUAUUGAAUUGAUCUCAACAAAGCUAAAUACAUCAGAAGCAGAAAUUGGCAGGAUAAUGUCACUUUUAGCACUGUUCCAAUCUGUUCAAAGUGCUUGUCAAAAGAAAGUGAGGUUCCUUGAUAAUGAAGAACGCUUAUUAAAAAUACCCUUUUCUAAUUUCGUGCACACUUUUAUAGUUAGCCAAAGUCAUCUAAUGAAAAAUGAAAAUGACGAAAUUGUCAUCUCUGAAUUAACUGUUGAUUUGAAUCCUGCUGCAUCUGAAACAGAAUUGGCAAAUACAGGAGAAUUUUUGUUUAGUUACUUUAUUCGGAAUGAAGAUUCUUUAUCUGAUUUCAAAGAAAUAAUAAAGAGCAGUAGAAUAACUACUAAUGCUAUGAUAACAAUUUUAAUCUAUUAUUGGUUAUCUUCUGAAAAUAUUAAUCAGUGGCAAGAAUGGGUAAAUUUUCAGCAGGUGCUUAAACAUUUCUGUUCAGUUAGUGAUGUUCAAGCAAUGAAUUCGGAUUCUUUUCCAUGGGAUAAAGUUAAAGUGUUGCUUUCUCAAUCAACAAAUAACAUUGCGGCCUAUAUUGGUGCAGUCAUAACUCGCUCGGUUUCGAUUGAAGUUGCAUCGUCGUUUAAUAUCGUGAAACAACAAAUGGAUCGGAAUGAAACUGAAAGUAGUGAAAAUUCUGAAAAUGUAGAAAAUAAAGAAGAAGAAAAAGAGGGUAGUGAUGAGAGUGAUUGGGAAGCUAUUUCUCUGGAUGUUGAACAGUGGAGUUUGUUUGUGAAACAGCUGGAAGAUGUUUUAAUUUUAAGUAUUCUUCUAAAAAGUAAACCUGCCAUUAAAGCUCCUAUCUCUAAUAAAAGGAUAAAUAUUUCUCUCUCUUCUCUUCAGUCUGGUGGACCAGGCAUUAUGACAGACCUGGUUGCUGCAUGGUGUGUGGAUGUUAAGAUUAAUCCUGAAAUCUUGAACACUUACACAACUGAAAGUGAAGAUAUAUUAUCAAAUAUAUCUGAUCAGGAUAUGGAUAAAGUACAGAAUAUUAGUGUGAUAAAAGGACUUUUAGGACAAGUAAGAAAGAGAUUUCCUAGAAGUAUGGAUCCUGAUGCUCUGUUAGCUAAUUGUUCAUGGGAAUACAUGGUCCAUUGGGAUAAAAAUCAUGAUAUGAUUUACCAUUUAAAAUCUGCCCUUCAGUGUUUAUGCCUUGUAAUGAGUGCCAUUUUAAGAUGUGGUGUUGCUUAUAUGAUGUGGAAGACUUUUGUCCAUAAAAGAUUUGAAGGCCUGGUUAUGCUCAUUGAAAAAGUAGGUAAAAUGCCAAAAGAUCGCUUGUGUAGAAGAGACGUAGAAAUUAGCGACGUGUAUUUAGAAAAUUUUGUAGAUUUCUGCACCCAGUUACUCGAAAUACUCCUAGAAGCCAACGUAAUAUCAGAAGUCGAAACAAUACCGAUGUUUCCGCCGGAAGAAUUGUGGAAAGGCAGAGACGUACACGGUCCUGCACCAUUUGUGACUCUUGCUCUCCAGCAACCAAAUCCUAACUACGCUCUCAUCCAUCAUCAUUAUCUUCUAGCCAAUUUCUUACUCUUCAUCAUAGCUUUUCAACAGAAAAACGUUCGUCCUCUCAGCUUUUACGAUUCAAAAGGAAAGAGUGCUUUUUUCAAAGAUUUACACCGUAGCAUAAACAUCCCCCUGAAAGGACUCGACACCGGCAUCGUCGAUUUGAGGAAACAGUUUCUCUCGAGUACCGUGACCGCCAUAGUUCGGAACAUAACUCAAAACGACAAAUACGCCAGCAUAGUGUCCACCGCAUCCGGAGAGACUGAAGCCAGCAAAUGGUUCAACCGUCUGGUGGACUUGUGUCGCGGGUGGGACGUAGAUCCGGACGAGAUCAGAAGUCAAUACGUCUACGAACUGUACAACCACGGCCACGACACUCUGGCGGAAGAGGCGACGACAUCAGUCACGGAGCCGGUCGGUCUGGGUUUACGACUCCUGGCGUUGGCCGGACAGAGAGUACGCAGCGGACUGUCGAACGCCGAAGACACCGCCGCAAAACUGGCUCAUCUGCCCCCUUCCCUCUCCUCGUGGUUGAAGACUCUGGAUAAACCCGUCACCUGUUCCGUUCCUUUAAGCUCGACUUCAGUUUUAUUAGAGAAAAUCAUCAACUUUCUUCCAGAGAGUUGCAGCGAACAACAAAUGGCAAUCUUAUUAUUAGAAGCGGUGAACGAUUUAACCGCGCACGGUCCAAAUUAAUUAGCCAAAUUGCACACGGUAUUUCUUAAUAAAAGUUACACAUUUUUUGGUAUUUACGUUUAAUUGGCAAAAUUUAUUAUAUUAUGUUUGUUUUUCUCGGUUUAGUUUUAUUGAUUGUAACUGUUAAUCUUGUAAAAAAUUUUUUUAACGU